AUUCUUGUUUUAAAAAAAAAACUUUUUUUGGCCUGACCUCGAACCCUGGGCUCCUCUGGGAACUAGAUAGUCACGGGACGAAUGAAUAAGUAAAUAUCGACUGCAAGCUCUCGGCCUACAUUCGGAACAUCUGUAAAAAUAGUGGCGCUUCACAACGCGUUCAGUUUAUUGCACGCUGCGCCGAAAACGACCGCUUUAAUAAUUCGAACUCCGGAAUUCGUUCGAAUUUUAAAAUUGCCGCGCAACGAAUGUACCGGUUUGCCGAGUUUGAAUCUGUGGAUUGUGAUUAGAACUUUUUUGAAAUUGGAACGAGUGUUCGGCCUUUAUGAAUGAGUUUGUUUGUUGUAUGCUAUUGUUUUUUUUUUUAUUGUGCAAGAGAUUAGAUUUUUGUCAACAGCGUAAUUGCGUAAUACGUAAAAGGUAUCUUAGUGUCGUGUGCCGGAUGUGUGCAGUGAUGUGCUAGUGUCAUGAUGGAAGCUCCUUCGCUGGAGGCCGACGAGGAGGGUCGCCCGCAGCAGACCUCCUCGAGCGGCAGCGGCUCCUCCUCCGGCACCGGCUACUAUGGACACAAGAACGGUGAAUGGCGUGGGGAGAGGCGAAUGCUGGAUAUCACACGAGACAAGCCCGUCAAGGUGUGCGUGCGCGUCGUGGUGCCGGUCAGAGACCAUCCGAAGUUCAACUUCGUUGGCAAACUAUUGGGUCCGAAAGGCAACUCCUUGAAAAGACUGCAGGAAGACACCAUGUGCAAGAUGGCGGUGUUAGGACGAGGUUCUAUGAAAGAUCGCCAAAAGGAGGAGGAGCUCCGCGUGUCGGGUGACCCGAAGUUCGCUCAUCUCUCCGACGAGCUCCACGUGGAGAUUAGCGCCUUCGCCACUCCGGCUGAAGCUCACGCGCGCAUCGCAUACGCACUCGCUGAGCUCAGGAGGUUUUUAGUACCUGAUUACAACGACGACAUAAGACAAGAGCAGAUGCUGGAGAUGCAGAUUCUGUCGUCACAAAACGAGCAGAGACGUCUCACUCCCCCCGACUCCUCCCGCAGCGGCAGUGAGGAGACCCUGCCUUUGAGGGACACCGCCAACAAACAGAGACUGCCGAGCACCCCGUUGGCGCCAGCGCAGCAGGCUCUGCCGCUAGCCGUGAGCCACGCGGGCGCGCGUGACUUCUCCCCUCCCGCGCCCACCCCGCCCGAACAUCUCGCUCAUCAUCAGCAACUGGCUCCAAACCACGCGGGUCACGGAGUGCUGGUCAGCGGGGGGGUCAUCCAACAACCCCCCGCGCACCACCUGCUCACACAGAACGCCAUAUUGGGUGGUGGGGACAUACUGGGUCUGAGCAGCCCCGUGCUUGGUGGCAUGCUACACGCGCACCCAGCACUGCGCGGGGUCAAGCCCGCCGCCGUGCAUGCCCUCGCGACGCAAGGUGCGGCUGGGGCGGCUGGCGCGAGCGGGCGCAAGCGGCCGCUGCUGGGCGCGCGCGCCGCCAUGUCGCCGACUAAGCGCGCCGUCAUGACGCUGCUGGCCCGCGCGCGCGCCGCCACGCACAAGCACGCGCCGCAGUGGCCCGCGCCGCACGAGCACACAGCACUCUUUCCACUUAUAAGAGAUGACUUCGUGACCGGAGUGGGCGUCAAUAUCAACUUAGCAUAAUGAAAUGAUCUAGUCAAAUAUUAAAUGAAAUGAAUUAUUUAUAGAUGCGAAAAUUACUUUACCUAACUUGAUAUGCAAAGAAGAAAAUUACUUUGCGAGAAUCCGCAUAAACCUAUGUCAUUGUACUUUAUUGUCUAGUCUAGAUAAUGUUAUUUUUAUCUGAAACUUCAACGCACGUUUUGAUUCUGUAUGGUCUAUAAUAAAGGAACGCAAGAUAUCGCCGAGAGUGAGUGAAAGCAUAAUAUGCUUCCAUGGAUACUGUAGUCAUCAAUCUAUUUCGAAAAGUCUGUUUUGCUGUUUUUGUAUGCUUUAUUACUGCAGACUUACGGACACAGACAGAUUUACACACCAAGGGGUACCAAGUGUAUCAUAAACCACAUCAUUAAAAUUACACAGACUACCCGAAAUAGAUUGACUGGACACAAUAGCAGUGCUUGAAUGUGUAGACGACCGUAAUAAAAAUAAAUACAUAAUAUUAUGAUUUAGUAUUUUUAUCCAUGGCUGGCUUUCGUAAAUUAGGUAAUGUAUUUGUCAUUGUAGGUGUUGAGUUUUUUUAUAAUUGCGUAUUAUUGCAAAGUAUUUUUUCUUGCAUAGAAUUAGUAUAGUAAAUUAUUAUUUAGUUAAAACUGUAUUGUAAAUAGUACCUACUUAAACCAUUAGUAUUUUUUUUUUUUUUUGAAUAUUUUGUAGGAAUAUUUUAUUUUUCUCUGAUAUCUAUCCUCCGAUAUUUUUUAUUUGUUAACGCGUUAACUUCUGUUGGUUUUGGUUUUGUCAGUUUCCUGUAGGUUUUAUAUCGGAGAGUGCGCCCAGAAUCUUUUUGAUCUAGUUCACCUUUUUACAAUAGAACUGCCAGGCUUCGCAGAGGUCUGCAUCCAUACGCAGUUGAUGUCCCCUGGACGCGUACGAACCGUUUCGGUUCUUCGUUCCUGAUCCUGGCUGCGAAAUUAUGGAAUGCCCUUCCAGCUUCCAUUUCCCCGACCACCUGCAACAUGGGUAUAUCAAGUCAAGAGUGAAUAGGCAUCUUUUAACCAAGCGCGUUCACCAUAGGCUGUGUCAUCGCUUACUGUCAGGCAUAAGCGCUCGCCUAUAUAAUGUAAAAAAACUUUACAAGUAUAUAGAUGCUGUUUUUUCUCCAUCCCUAGAUAGGUUGAGAUAGGCCGCAAAUGUCACAAUACAGAUAAGGCCACUCAAGCAAAAGCCGUAAUCGGGCAUUGAUUUUCGAUUAACCGACUGAGAAAAUGCUUAAAAAACGAUCCAGACAUCUAAAUUACCCUUGGCACGCUUCAAUAGAAUAUCUUAAUAAAAAAGCGACCUUGGCAAAAAAUUAAUAGCACAAUAUUUAUGUCAUUUACAAAGAUUUUAUACUAUUAGACAUGUCACAAGCGCGUCAAAACUAAGGUGAAAAAAGGUGACUAAUUGUCUUAAUUUCAUUUAGUUGAAUAUAAACAGCGAAAGUUAUUUGCAUGUGUGCGCUCAGCGGAGUAACUAACUAUUUAUAAACUUUGUCUUUUAUGGUCCAUAAUAGGUAAUUGACCGACCAAGUUGAUGGUCUACCUGUUAGUGGCUUAUGGCAUGACGAUUCUCUUUCUAUAAUCGCAAACAUUUCGAAAUUUAAAAAUGUAUGCGAAUGACAUGUGAUAUCGACAGGUUACAUGAUCAAGUUAUCGAUUCACUGUCAUUCCCUUAUAUAUUUAGUUAGGUUAUUUUUUUUAAAAUAGCAACUGUUGAGUUUCUUGCCGGUUUCUUCUCAGCAGAACCAGCCUUCCGAAGGUGGUAGAAUAUUUACAAAUAGUCAACUAACGUGUCAAAAGUGCUUGUAAACUGAGCCUACUUGAAAUAUAUAAAUUUUGAUUUUGAGUUUUGGAAGCGUUAGAGUUAGUAGAAAGAGAAUCAACAAGCUAUAUAGCUACAGGCCAAUAAGUAGAAUACCAUCUAUUAAUUCACUUUUUGCGGUGAUUGUGUAGUGUCUAAUAGUACAAAAUCGUUGGUCAUUAAUAAAAAUAUCGUGUCACGGUUUUUGUGGACGCACUCUUCCGAAGCGGCUCGAACGAUUUUAAUGAUUUUUGUAUACCUAACUAUUUGGUAGGUAUAAGAUUAAAUCAUAUUAUUCACCCUCCUCAUUAUACCUCCUUAUUCUACAAUAAAAAAAUUUCGAAGCAGAGCCAUGUCAAAUAUUUUUUUUAUUGAUUUUUGGUGCAUUGUCUUUUUAUUUCAAUUCCGUCAAUUUUUGAUAAACCCCAGUAAUUUUAAGCUUUUACUUAGAAAAUAAAGGACCACGGUGUUUUUUAAUCCUACGCCUUCUAGUGAAAUAGUUGUAAAUAAUAAUACAAUAUAAUUAUAUGGUAUCAUGAUUAUUACUUAUCAAUAAAUAAUAAUCAAUAUUUUUGAAUAUACUAUAUUAUUAUUGUUUAUUAAUAAAUAAUAAUAAAUUUAGGAUAAAAUGUUACAGACGAAAAAUAUAUCUUAGCGAAAUUAUAAUAAAAUUAUAGUUCAUAUUAAAUUAAUAAUGUAUUGAUAAUUUAAAGAUAUUUUAAAUGUAAUUUAUAAAUAAAUUAAUUAAUAUAGGUAAUAUAAUGCACGCCGAGCACAUUUUAUUCAAAACUAAUCCGUUAAUAAAAUAAAAAUUUAAUAUGAAACACUUGCACGGAUAAUACCAUAGAGUUAUCUAUAAUAACCUAAGGCUUUCGGCCAUUUCACAGUUCAGAAAAUAUUUAAUUUUUUUAUCUAAUCAAGUACAUAAAACUAAAAUAAAUCGAUUACUAAAAAAUAUUAAAAUCCUUUUAAGAAUUUACAAAUAUAGAUUAUUAUAUAUGUACCUUUAAAGGGACACAAAUGAAUGAAAGAACGAAUUAAUUGAAUGAACAUAUUGUCAGUGAACUAAUUUAUUAGCAAUCCACGACCAACCUGACGUUAUUUCGUUUUAAAAUCCCUUUUGCUAAAGUUUAUUUAUUUUCGAAAAAAUCCAGUCACUCAUAAUAUGUUUCACUAUUAAAUGACCACGCAGAAAAGUCUUUUAAUAGGAGCUUUUAAGGUGGUGGACACACUACUUAUUAUGUUCUAAAUCAUUUAUAUUUUUAGCAAAAAAAAUACUGUUUAGUACAUAUUGAAAGAGCAGGUUGACCGUAAAGAGAAAAAGUUUACUCUAAACCAACAAUAUUGUUUAAUCACUUUGUUUUUUCUCAAAGAAGCUAUCCCUUGAGAAAUAUUUUUACCAUAAUUUAUAGAAUAAAAACCUUUCAAAAUAAUUUCAGUUCCAAUCUUAAACAAUAUAAUUCAACUCAUAAGUCGGGAUUAAAAGUAUGUGGCCGUUUAUUUAUGUAUUUUAUGGUUUUCUUUUCUUUUUUCACAACUGCAAGAAGGGUUAUGUUUUUUUUUUUUAUUUUGUGUUGUUUAUGGAUACCCGUUAAUCAAGCGCAUACUGAAUACAAACAUAAAAAUUUGUUAAACGAAUAGAUUAUAAUUAUAUAAGAAUAAAUUGAAAUAAGUGUAAUAUUGUAAGGAAUGUAAUUAUUAAAAAAUAAAUUGAAACCUGAUCUUACCAUAUUCCAAAAUCUAUUUGUAUGUUUUAAUGAAGUUUGACGCUCUAUCAACUGGAAAUUUGAUCGUAGUCUAUAGUAGGUAUGAAAAUAUGUAACUAAGAAUCAAAUGAAAAUAAUACUUUUUAUUGCUUCAGUAACUAAGGUAGGUAUAAAUAACAUUUUCACUACUCUUGCUCAAAAACACUGUCAUAUUACCACUCCACAGCGGGGCUAAACAAACGUUUCAGCCUCUAGGGGCUAAAGUAAUUUUGUUUUUUUUUAAUCCUUGUCUGUUACGAGUACUAGCCAAGUACUAGCCUACUAUAAAACGGAGGAGGUUUUAUUCGAAAAUAGAAUCAUUAUAGUUAAGACCCUGAUUGUUUGAAAAAUAAAUAAAAAACUUUAAAUUGGAAUGAAAUGCAGUGUUCUUGUCUGUGGAAUGCGUUCAUUUUUUUAUUUAAUUUUUAUUGAGUUACGAAUAGAGCGAAAUUUGAAGACAUGGGAUAUCCUUUACGGUUUAAUACCUUUGCCUUUUUCUCAUGUGAAAAAAAUAAAAUUAAAAAGCGAGAAUUUAAAAAACAAUUGGCGUGAAUAAUACAUUCUUGAUUUUUUUCAGAAAUUCAUUGUAAAUUUGUGACCGUAACUUACAUAUUUUUCAACAAUAAUUGUUAUUGUUGUCUUCAUCUAGUGAUGAUGGUGAUCCUAAUUUGGAGAUGGAUGAAAUUUUCAAUAUGUUACCAUCAAAGUCGAGAUGCAUUUACUUAAAUACUUACCUACGAAAAAAUUAAUAAGUGGAGAAAACAACUACGAAUGGAUUCACUAACGAAAGGAGUUUUUUAAACUAUUAUCUCCCACGUUUACCUCACAUACUCAUUAUUUAUCUUCACAGUAGUCGAAAAUUAUGUUACUGGGUAAAAGCAUCUCCCUUAAUAUCCAAAAUUGUAGACUUUGUAAAUAAAAUUGUUUAGUACAAUAUUCAAUGAUUUAUUUUAAUUGAAAAUUAAAUUAAAUCAUUGAAUAUUGUACUAAACAAUUUUAUUUUCUCGCAAUCGUAGUGAAAAGCAGAGUAACACGUAGGGCUAAACCCAUUAUAAACUCGAUUACUAUUUAGGCGGCCCUCGCCUUACGUCUCGGGCCCUAAAAAUACCUCGUAUAUAAUGGAUCUUUUUAGCCCCUUGUCAAUCUACUAUUUGUGAAACCAAAUCUUUUACCCGACUGCGUCAGGUGGAUAAGAAAUUUAUGUUUUUUUUUGUUUAAUUUAAAGACGUCCGAUUUUAAUUCUGGCAUUAUUUAUGGCUUCUUUUCCUAAGCACUAUUAUUACACUGUACUGAAGCGAAUCAUAAAACUUAAUAUUUUGAAUAUUGAAUCGAAACAGGCAUAUUAUUCAGAACUUCAUUAAGAAAAUAUAGUAAUAGCAAAGUAAAUAAAUUAUUUGUAUUUUCAAUGGUCAUAUUCAAAAUGGCUGAAAAAUAAAACUAUUGUCGUACUGAAAUUUAUUUCGACCGAAUAAUAGAAUAUUGAUCAUAUAAUAAAAAAAUAUAUUAUUUAGUUCUGCAAUGUGGUAAGAUUGGGAAUAAAUCUUCUAUAUGUAUACAGUUAAUAAGUUUGUUCUAAUAAAUUUAACAUUACCUAUAGUAAAAUUUUCGCAUAAAUUAAGAUUCUUAUAUUUAUAAAAUUUUAUUAAUAUUAACUAACAAAUAAAUAUUAUAAUAAUAUCAUUCAUUAAAUAAAAAGUAUUUGCUUGAACCUCGUCUGUGUUUUGUGAUAUAUUAGUUAGAAAAAUUUUAAUUAAAAAAUAUCAAAAGAAAGAUCAAAAAUAAAAAUAAUUGAAUGUGUGUAGUUUCAAUAGAAAUUGUCUAGUUUACGUAGGCCCUAAAUCUUCACAUACUGAACAAAAUCUGACCAACUGUGUGUGUAAACAACCCCUAAAUAGUUUUGACAGAGAUUACCUAUAAAAAAAAAGAAAUAUUUCUUUUUUACUAGUUAUACGCUUGUGAUCUUGUAACUUUAUUUAUUUUUCGUAAAACAAAUCCUCAAGUAAUUAUUGUUUUUUUUUUGCGAAAUUAUAUAUUUACGAAUAAAAUACGAUUACAAGUCGAACAGUGUUCAUAAAAAAUGAUUCAUGUGUAAAAUGAUUUUUCUUAACUUGGGACAUGUAUUGGAUAAUCAGAAAGAGUGGACAUAUUCAUGUUAGCCCAGUGGAUAUCACCUCUGCCCCAGAUUCCGGAUGGUGUGGGUUCGAAUCCGGUCCGGGGCAUGCACCUCCAAUAUUUCAGUUGUGUGCAUUUUUCAGGAAAACAUCGUGAGGAAACCUGCAUACCAGAGAAUUUUCUUAAUUCUCUGCGUGUGUGCAGUCUGCCAAUCCGCAUUGAUAGAAAAAAUAGAUCGACUAGAAACUGUCAAAGACGUACUUUGAUAGUUUCUAGUCGAUCUUCAAGUAGGUACCUACAUUUAAUCUCUACAAAUUACUGAUACACCCAACAAACUGAAGUCACAUGUAGAUUAAUAGGCGGUAGUUGUUACGCUAUUUUAUUAUGUUUAAUUAUGAUUAGCGUAAUCAUGGAAAAAUCAUCAAAUUGUGUACGUGUGUGUGACGCUAAAUAUUAUUAAUUACUAUAUAAUACCUGCAAAACAGAUCAAUUAUACUAUGAGUUGUUUUAAUGGUUUCUGAUUUAUCCACUAUGUCACAAGUAAAAAAAAUCAGUGUUUGUUUAUUGUAAUUUUUUGUCACUUCUUCGCUGACUUCUUCUUCUUCGCUGGAUUAAAGACAUAAUGCUAGCCACUCAUCAUCCAAUUAGUUCACGUGCAGCGCUAACAGCAGGACAUCCGAUCAGUUUUAUCGUAUGUCGUGCUGUUAGCGCUACAGGCACGUGAACUUAUUGGAUGUUUGGUGGCUAGCAUAAGGGGUCGUGAACGAAACAUUACGCGUCCAAUUUGUGUUCAGUUUUUCACUAUGCGUCCGAUCAAUCAGGAUAAGACUAGACGCAUUGGUAUCGUCUAUGUAUUCUUUAUUUAAAGUAAAGACCUAACUUUUUGGAGUUAAAUUUUCUUUGUAUCUUUGAUCUAGAUAUAUUAUGUCAUGCCAACCAUUAUUUUGUACGUUAACUGUAAGGCGUAUAUGCACUGAUAUAUUAAUGAAAAUAAACAGAUCGAUUAGA